AUGUCUCAGCAGCAGACGACGCAGCUGAGCAGCUGGGCGAAGGUACACUGGACACCGCGGCGCCGACCCUCCCGACAGCAGCAGCAGCAGCAGCGGCUGUCACCGACAUCAACGUCACCCCCCGGGCGAACGUCCCGGCUCACGACGGCGGCCACCUUCGACAGCGGUGACGCCGCCGGCGUUGUGCAGCGGCCGCGGCUCAACAGCUGGGCGAAGGCUCCGCCGCCGCGAGCGCAAGCAGUCGUGAGCACGCCUACCCUAAGCGGCGACAGGAGGCUCUCCUACGACCCACCAGGUGGCGGGAGGAGGCCGCUGAACACGGCGAGGCCGGCGGUCGCGGCGGCGACGGUGGGGAGCACGGGGCCGAAGGAUUUGUCGGGAGCUCCCGUGGAGGUGAUCAGCACGGCCGAGAGGUACUUCGAGGUGCUACGGGAGAACGCCCAGAAGGACCAGAUCGUGGUGAUCAAGAUAUACGCCGGGUUCUGCAGGGCCUGCAAGGCGUUCGACCGAAAGUUCCGGCUGCUGUCGCUGGACUUCCAGGAGCAGGGCGCGAACGUGAAGUUCUUCGAGAUGGACUGGAUGCAGACGAGAGAUCUGUGCAAGUCGCUGCAGAAAAAGGUCAAGAAGCUGCCUCACAUGGAGCUGUACGUCGGCGAGAGAGGCCGGCUGGAGUCGUUCGUGUGCGGGCCGAGCAAGUCCUCCCUCCUGAAGGAGAAGCUCGACAAGCUGGUGGCCGACCCCGCGGACCCUUCCUUGGGAGAGGCCCCGAUCCCCGACGAGGAGGCGAUCGCGGCGGCGAUGGCGGCUGAGGCAGCGGAGAUGUGAUUUUAGAUGUGCUCGAGUUAGAUUAACACAGCAGCAGCAGCGGCGGUGGUUGCUUGUGUCGUCUCCCAUGGGGGUACCGUAGAUUGGCGCUUCUACAGCGGUUGUUGGUUGUCUUAUCUCCCAAAGGGGUACAGCAGUGGGUUGGCGCUCGCUACUUUUUACACGGUUUUUUGCGUUGUGUCCCAUGGGGGUACCGCAGAUUGGAGCGAUCAUGCCACUGUGGAGACUGCAACACGAACGAAUG